CUGUCAAAUACGAAAGCUGCGCUUUUUAGCACUGCCCCAGUUUCAGCGCUAAAAGAUGGACCACCGGAGUAAGAUAUUGAGGAAUUUAACUGAAACAUCGUAACUAAUUCAUGACAUGACAAAAGGCCACAGAUACGUGUUAAACAUUUCGGAUGGAUCCCUGCCGAUCCAGGGGUAUUAUCCCGACCCCAGGAUAUUUAGCAACUGCUCUAGUUAUGGUGAUCGGGUGCCGGGCUUGAGCUGGAAUGAGUUUUCCAUACAUCAUCUGGGACAACUCGAGUAUUUGGAGAAUCCAAAACAAGUGAUACUGAAAGCCAUCUUUGAUGUGAUUGACGGCGAGGAGUUCUAUCCGGUGGCCUAUGAGUGUGGACCUCGCGUCGUAAAUUUCUUGCGCGUGCCUGCAAGCCGGCGAUCGAUAAGCUGUUUGCCCAGAAGCUCUGCUUAAGUCUUUCCUCCGGCGCCACUAUGCACUGGAAGUGCAUAGCGGCGUGCGUGGAGUGUUGAAUCUGAGCAAUUUCGGGGCGAAUUCCUGUUUCAAGAACAUUGUGGUUAGUCUGGCAAAUGUGGCCACCUGGAUGCAUGUCUGCAGCAGCAUCUAUCACAACGAUGAGACAUUUAGCGCGGUGAAUGGGAUCAUUUUCGCGAACAAUCACAUGAAAAGCGUGGAUCCGCUCAAGCUAUUUGGCGAUGUCGAAUAUGGACUCGUGGAUCUCAAUGGAAACAAGGUAUGUGUGAGGUGUAAAGUAAGGCAUCAAAUCUAGCAACAUCUAGACCAGCAAAUAUGUGAUGGGGCGCUCGCAAUCAACGCCCAGCUCUUUAAGCGCAUCUCAAAGUACACCAAGCAUUCGCGGGACAUCAGAAAGUGGUCGGACUAUACCAAAGCCACAAACGAAUUUCAUGUGGGUUUGAUGGAGAUCAUUCGCGCGCUCAUGGAGCUGCCGAGUGUCGUCCACGACUUUCUAUCCCUCCAGACUGAUGUGAUGCACUACAAUGGCCAGUUGGCAGUUAUUCAUUUGACUGGUCUGAUGCGCGACGACUCUCCGAGCACACAUAACCAGGCGGAGCUCUAUUUGGCCUUUACCAGGAACUUCGUACUCAAGGUUGAUAAGGAGGGACUGGGCUUAGGCAAGAAGGCUUACCGCUGGAAAAUCUCUAAUGACCACCUGAACAUCAUAAAUCCCUCGAGGAACCAGGUACAAGGUGCGUUCAAGGUCUGCCCACUGCCAAGGAAUCGUCUGAAUGCGCCAGCCUCCGAGGAUUCACUUGAUGCCAAGAGCCACAAGCUCAUUUUGUUCCUCCAGCUUACCGGACUAACACCUCCCUGGUGCACAAGGAUCGUGGAGUCGGCCGAAUGGGACUUUGAACGGGCCAGCAAAAUGUUUCUCGAAAUGAAGAACAACAGAGAGAUUCCCGAAUUGGCCUUUGUCUAGGCAGACGGCAAGCAAGCAGCAGUACUUAAUGCUUUGCGGAAACCGAAUUUAACACCAACUGAGUAACCAAAGAACAAACCAAAGAAUAUCUACUAAGAAUUUUUGCCUUCAAUCUACCUUCAUAUGUUUUCGAAUACUAAUACGAAUACAAUUCUCCAAAGAAAUUAAAGCGAACAAAAAUGCCAUAGAUGAUCAUUUCGAAUAAUGCUUAGAUGGCUAAAAAAAACAUUUAUUAUGAUAUUUAAAGAGUUAUUCACUGGCAAAACACGAAUCAUCUCCUAGUAAUUGGAGACUCCUAUACAGAGACUUUCAUAGCAAAUACACAUGUAUAUAAGUAUAGUUGUUUAUAUCUCCAUAUCUAUAUCCAUAUCCACCUCCUCUCCGCUGUGUUCAUUUUGGGUUAGCAUAAAUUGUAUGCAAAAUAUUCGAAGCUGCCGCCCGGAGUAGAGGAGUUGUGGAGCAGUGUUCGUUCGAGUUAGAGAAUAUACAAGAAAAUGCCAUCGCUUACAAUAUUUAAAUAUUUUGUAGACUAGAAAAUGUUACCCUAAAUACAUUAAGAAUAUGUUUCUUGUAUAUGUAUGUAUGAUGCAUACACAGAAGACCCUUAUACGAUAAGUUACGUUACACAAAAAUUAGGUGAAGUGAAAGUCCGACUAAGCUCUAAAAAUUUGCAUAUAUCAUUUAGUGGUACAUAUAUGCAUGUAUAAUGGAUAUUAGUCAAGCUGGUUUUGGAUCAUGCAAAUUCAAAAAUUUUCAAAUUCAGAUGGUUUCAGUUUUUGGCGAUUUUCGAUUGAAUUGAAAGAAGUUUCUGUGUUUUCAUCAAUGCUUUUUAUGUCUUGAUAUUUAAUUCCACAACUUAAAUUUUUGUAUAACCGAAAUAACCGAAAGGAAGGCUUUUCCCUUGGCCAAUGCCAAUGCCUAUGCCAGUGUGUAUGGAUGAAAACUCUUUCCUUUCAAACCAUGAGCGCCGACCAGGCCUAGCUGGCCCUGGCCCUUAUCAAAUAAUAUCAAAUUAGUCUGUUGCGUUUCGCUUUCGUGUCACUCUCUCUGUCUCUGUUGUUUUUGUGCCUUUUGCGAGGGGAGACCGAGGCUGUGAUUGUGAUUUGUAUUUAAAAAAAAUUACAAUAUUUAAUUUAUCAGGAAAAAAGAAAAAGGGGGGAUGCAAAUAGUUGUAAUAAUAGUAU